UUCAACACAACGGACGCCGUUCGACAAAGCGGGCGUUUUUUUCUCACAUAUAUGGUAUAUAGUAACAGCAGWGUCGGUGGGUAACACUCGUGCCGCACUCGUCGCAUACAAAUCGCGCGACUCUACGCCAAUAAAUAGUCGCCAUAAUCGAUCGUAGCGGUGAAACGGUCAGCAAGUGUUUGGCUUUUUUGCUUUCGUUUGGCUUUGGGCAGUCAAUUGUAUUGGUUACGUGCGCGCUACGCUGCAGCUCAUCAACCGCAUAUACUCGUAAACGCUCCGCACUCCACCCUGCGCUGCUUCAACGCCAUUACGUGGACGUUCGUUGAUUUCUUUUAUGYAUUGUCGUCAUCGGCGCGCUCAAUUCAGCUGCUGCUCAGCACAUUCGCGCCUUUUAUGUGCUUCGCGUGCAGUUUAGUGGCACACUUGUCGUCGGUCGMGCUGUUGGUCGGUUACGUCGCCUCGCUAAACAAUCGCUCGCGCGUACGUUCGUUGGUUCAGUCCAAGUCGAGCGACACUCAACUAAAUUAGUGCGUUGGCUGUUACUUUGUAACCUUUUUUUGUAUUUUUUGGAAAAAUUUUAAUUCAGUUUCAUAUCGCUGCUUGUUUUCUAUGUGCAAAUUGAACGAACAACAAAUACAUUGUAUAAUAACUGCUAUUUAAUAAAAUUGCAUUUAAUUGGGACAUUAAAGUGCCAACACAACCAAUAUUGCAUAUCAGUGUAAAAUACAUAUAUAAAUAUACAAUAAAUAUAAAAUAUAAGUAAACAAUUUUAAAAAUACAAAAACAAAAGCAUAUGCGCGCUUAAGUUCAAAAAAAAAAAUCAAAGAGCAAGCAGUAACAGAAGUUACAAAACAACAAGAAAUACAAUUACAAAAUAUAUAGAAAUAAAUCAACAACAAUAGGCGCCGAUUCGUUAUCAAAUCACAAUGACCUGCCUGUCGGACAUUGAUCUGGCCACUUUGCACAAAAGUCGCCUCGAGGAACGGCUCAAUUACAAGUUGGCCUGGGGUGGCGCUACCACGAAUUGCUUAUCGGCCUAUCAACAGCAUCAUCACCAUCAUCACACCAUACAACAACACAAUGCGCGCCUGGAUAGUUUUCAAGCAGCGCCGAAAGCCACGGCGCGUUCACGAAAUGCUGCGCUGAAGCCGAAACAGCAGCAAAAGUCAACAAAAACACAGCAUCAAAGUGGURAACGACAACAACAGCAAACACAACAAACGCUUGACGGUGGUUUAAGCGCGAUGGCAYGCUCUAGCCCAAAGCGUAAUGCUCAAAGCAGUAGUAAACGUGUCACAGAUGUGUUGAAUGGCAAUUGUGUUGAACUCACCGACAAAUUGCAGCAUUUGAAUUUGCAUUUCGACGAUGAUGAUCUGCUGGACAAUGGCCACCYUAARGUGCAACAUARGAGUCGCAAGUGGUGCGCGGGGGGUGGGCGCUCGUCUUCGCGCUUGCUGGACGACGAGGCCAACUGUAAUUACUUCACGGCAACGACACGACGUCGGCGUUCGGGUACAUGGCCGCGCACCAGAAGUUUGAAUGCUCCAUCGCCAUUCCAACAAUUUGGACCAUGUGGACGAAUAAUGAAAAAUCAAGCAAUGGUUAUGCAAAUUCAGGAUCCCGCCAGUCAACGCCUGACCUGGUACAAGCCACCGCUCACCGUGCUCGUCAUAAAGAAAGUGCGUGACUCAACGGUGCUGGCACCCUUCGUACAGCUGGUCGAAUGGCUGGUGCAGGAGAAGCACAUGGUCGUUUGGGUCGAGUCGGCGGUGCUCGAUGACCCGCUACUAAUAGAGGAUAAGAAAUUCAAGAAUAUCAAAGAGAAAUUAGUGACAUUCAAAGAUGGCCGUGAUGAUCUAACCGAUCGCAUUGAUUUCAUAGUCUGUCUCGGCGGCGACGGCACACUACUGUACGCUUCGUUGCUGUUCCAGCAAUCAGUGCCACCGGUGAUGGCAUUCCAUUUGGGUUCGCUUGGUUUCCUCACACCAUUCGAAUUUGAGAAUUUCCAGGAGCAAGUGACCAACGUGCUGGAGGGUCAUGCUGCGCUCACGCUGCGCAGUCGCUUGCGUUGUGUCAUCUACAGAAAGAACGAUCGCCGCAAGGAAUCGGAAAGUGAUUCAACGAAUCAAWUUACAAAGAAUGCAUACAAUUACCAAACGGAUGGCAGCGAUGGCACAAAUAAGAGCGGCAGCCGUGGUUCAACGAAUAUAUUGGUGCUCAACGAAGUCGUCAUCGAUCGUGGGCCCUCACCGUACCUGAGCAAUAUCGAUCUCUUUUUGGAUGGCAAAUAYAUCACGUCGGUGCAGGGUGACGGUUUGAUUGUGUCCACGCCCACWGGCAGUACCGCCUAUGCCGUGGCGGCUGGCGCCUCGAUGAUACAUCCUUCGGUGCCGGCGAUAAUGGUGACACCCAUYUGCCCGCAUUCACUGAGCUUUCGGCCGAUUGUGGUGCCCGCCGGCGUGGAAUUGAAGAUCAGCAUCUCGCCGGACAGCCGCAACACUUCGUGGGUCUCAUUCGACGGCCGCAACCGGCAAGAGCUGCUGCACGGCGAUUGCCUGCGCGUCACCACCUCCAUCUAUCCCGUACCCAGCAUAUGCGCACAAGAUCAAAUUUCCGACUGGUUCGACUCGCUGGCGGAGUGCCUGCACUGGAAUGUGCGCAAGAAGCAGAAAUGCCUCGACGAGCUGAGCGACCUGACCGCCUCCGGUUCGGAAGACACGCUCGACGAUUUGGAUCGUGUCAACGACACGUUACUAGAUAGUGGCUUGCAGUGAUGAUUGUGGAUGGYUUUCAACUUUUCCGACGAUGAAUUAAGUAUGGGGGAGUGUAAGCGAAAAUAAUGAAAUUUGGCUCUGCGCAACUGUGGCACAGCUGUGCCACGCCGCUUUGGCGCAUAGGCAUUAUAUUAUGGAAGGCAAUGUUGUGUAGAGUUUGGGCGUAAGCUUUUGUUGGAAAGCGCGCACAUUUURUUUGAUUUGUGCUUUAGCUUUAGCGACAUUUUUUAUUAGUGUAUGAAAGAGUCGAGUCGGUGGGUAAUGUUACUAUGGCAGUUGUAAAAAAUUAUGAACAAAUCUGUUGCAGAAAUUAGUAUAGCAUAAUUUUGUUAAAUGAUUUAUGUAAUACAAAAAAUGAAAUAAAUGACAAGUUAAAUGUGAUGAGAAA